AUGCGGCGAGAGCUACUCUUGCGCAUCGUUAACGGGUUGUCAGCGCGUUACCCGGACUUCCAACAGCGUUGGGACGCCGCCGGAAAGCCUGGACUGUCACCACUGCAGAAGUGCAUGACUGCAAUUAGGCAGUUGGCAUACGGAGGAUGUGACGACAUGUUCGACGAAUAUCUUCACGUAGCCGACACAACUGGUCGCGAUUGUCUAAAGAAGUUUUGUAAACACGUGAUUCAGACUUUCGGCCCCACCUAUCUGCGGAAGCUGAACGCACAAGAUUGCCAAUUCCUGCUUGAUUUGCACUGGAGGGUGCACGGUUUCCCGGGUAUGCUGGGAAGUAUAGAUUGUAUGCAUUGGCAGUGGAAGAACUGCCCGACCGCUUGGAGAGGCCAAUUUACGAGCGAGUUCAAGGGCACACACCCAACCAUCAUUCUGGAAGCUGUUGCCGACCAGUGCCUAUGGAUUUGA